UCACCCCUCACGUCACGCCACGCCCCGGCGGCUGCCGGAACGCCACUUCCGCCUCGCUACCUGGGCGCCGCCGAGUGCUUCCGCCUCUCGACUCGGCGGGCCGGGUUACGGCGGAGGGAUGUCCACGCCCCCUCUCGCCGGGGCAGGCAUGCCGCCUGGGGCGUUCGCAGGGACGCAGGCUCAAGCGGCCCGGGAGGUAAAUACAGCUUCUCUCUGCCGAAUUGGCCAAGAGACUGUGCAGGACAUUGUAUUUCGAACCAUGGAAAUCUUCCAGUUACUGAGGAACAUGCAGUUACCGAACGGUGUUACUUAUCAUACUGGAACAUAUCAAGACAGACUGGGAAAGCUGCAGGAACAUCUCCGUCAGCUAUCAAUACUCUUCAGGAAACUGAGACUAGUCUAUGACAAAUGCAAUGAAAACUGUGCUGGCCUCGAUCCUGUUCCAAUAGAACAACUUAUUCCUUAUGUUGAAGAAGAUGGCUCCAAGCACGAUGAUCGUGGUGCUGCCAGUCAGCUUCGUUUUGCUAGUGAAGAGAGAAGGGAAAUCAUGGAAGUAAAUAAGAUAUUGGCAGUACAGACUGAGGUAAAGUGCCUGUUGAACUUACUUCGUUUUCAAAACUUACCUUAGGCAUUAAAAAAAUGGGUAUUGAACAUCAGACGUGUAAACAAUAUCACAAUCAAAUGAGUUGGUAAAGGAUUUUCAGGGCUACUUCCUGUAUUUUGACAGUCUGGGGAAGACCAUUCCUUUUGUUAAAUGUACCAUGUACUGAAUUUUGACACAUUUGGAGAAAAAAUAUGCUAUAUAUGAUAAAGAUGCUGUUAAAUUUUCAGUUGGGGUGGCAGUAUGCAAUUGAACACAAUUACUAAAGAUGGAUUCAAAUCUAAAAAUAAAUAUGCUGUAGCAAAUGGUAAUAUAAUAUUGAGAUUAAAAAGAUACAGUUUUGCUAAACCACAAUUUUGAACAUUGUUUCUUUAAUCUGUAAAGUACAAAUAUAGGAUUAAUUAAAUAUUUCUGUAGCUGUAAUAUCCAUAAAUGUGUGGUAAAAAGGAGGCAUAAUUACAAAAAUAACCAAAGGAAAUAAAUGAGUAAAAUAUUUCUUUAUGGAAAGAAUAAUUGGUGGAUUUUCAGCUUUUAAAAUACUUCCAAUAUUUUGUCUUCAACAAUUAGAGACGUACCGAAUUUUCCUUAACCCAUUUGUGUAGAAAAAUGCAUGCGUAUAUUGGUCAGAAGAAAAUGGGGACUACGUGAAUUUAGAGAAAAGCAGUUGUCAGCUGUUCUGUUUGUAUUCUUUCUGUUCAGUGCUGAUGUAGCAGGGUUGUAUAUAUUAUAUCGUAUGUAAUGUUGUACUGUGAAUUUAUGCACAUUUAUUUGCACUCUUUAAGUGUUAAUAAGCUUAACUGUCCAUAUUUGCUGUGGUUUUGAUAGUUUAAUGACAUUUUUUUGCCCUUGUUGUUGUACUUGUAUGCUAAUAUGUUUCUAAACCUCCUUGGUGUGAUCUUGUGAAAAGAAUUUCAUAAAUGUGUAUGGUAAGUUUUAAACCUUAAAAAGGUUGAUGGUGUUACAGGACCAUUGGCAGCAAAUUGGUGAUUAAGAAUGUAUGUAGACAUUCACUUAAAUCUAGUCUGAAAUCCUGUAUUUACACUUAAAAUCUAGACCUAGUUUCCAGAUUUUCCACAGUAAAUCCUCAGAAGAUAGUGGAACUUUCUCUAGUAUUUUUGUGGACAGAUAUUUAAUAACUGCUGCAGAAGAAAUUUAAACUUCUUGGUUUUGGAAGUGCACUAAAGUUUUUCUUUUGUCUCUCUCUAGCUGUAUAAGCACAUCUGCCAGCAGUUUCAAAGUUCAAAUUCCAAUACAUUACAAAAUAGGAAGUGCUUUGGGUUUUUUAUGACUAGAAAUAAAUAAAUUCUUAUUUUUGCAAAGAGAAAGCACUAGAGUUUGGUUAGUUGGCCUAAUUUCUGGCACUGGCUGCUGGGCUCUGGUAGCCCUCUCUGGUUCUUAGCUGGCAUUCCUGACAGCUUUUGAAUCCGCUGUAGUACGUAACGUCCAUCUUCAACUCAAUUUUACUUAAUUUAUUUCAGCAAAAUUUCAGUAAUACAAAAUUUUGAUGAAAAUGCUGUGACAGGGAAACCAACAUGACAGAUGAAGAAGCUUUUUAUAUUCUUGACCCACUGUCUUUUCUUCGUUCAGCUGGUUGUCUUGCUCUCACCUAGUCCUUUUUGCUUGUGAUAGGCAGCAUUUUUUUCAAAGUCUUGCAUGUUACUGGUACAAAAAAAAAGCAAUAUUGCGAUACUGAAUACUUUGACACUAUCGAGACAUUUGAAUUCUUAGACCUUUCACAGGUGUCUUAAUUUUGCCCUUCUUGAUGUGCUAUCCCAGCCAGUCUGAUCUCUUUAGUGGCUCUGGCUGUAUGUGAAAGACAUUGCCCUGCGGCGUGGAGCACAGCCAAAACUGGUAGAUCAUAUAAACCUUGUGGAUCAUAAAUGGGACAAAAAUGUCCCUCCUUUCAGGAACCACUGACCUGAAACACAGCAACUCUGCUUCACCACAGCAGUUGUGUGGGAAGGGAGCAUCCUCAGUGGAGGACCAUCACAUAGUUCCUAUACUCACCAUCUCACUCAUGGGGCAGAAGAACCCACUGAUGUAGCAGAGUUCCUAAAUACUGCAGUAGCUUUCAAUGUCAGUUUACUGUAUAGUGGCAUCUUUUGGUCUUAUUUAUUUAUUCUGUUACGUUAGACUUAUCUUUUAGGUCAGAAAGUUUAAUGUGCUCCCCCUGGCUAGGAAGUAUUUGUCCAUUCAUUUAAAAUAGAUCAAUUUACAAGAUAAUGCGUUUCUGUCCUAGCAAUUCAGUAAUAUUUGGCAACUGUAGGUUUAAAUAAAACCUAUUAAGCUUAAAAACAAAAGGGAUUUUUGCCAGCGCUAAGAAGAGUGCACCAUUAUUAUAAAACAACCAAACAGACCAUUUGUUGAGCACUGACUACCUCUAUCUUUUGUACUAAACAAUUCUUUCCUGCAGCUUAUGUUGCUUAUUCCUUUUAUCUGUAUUUGCUUUCUGGGUUGUAAAUUGUUGAGGUGGUUGACUCUUUUCUGGAAUAAAUAAUUUACUGUCCCAGAAUCAGUUUAGCAUUUGCAUUGGUCUACUAAUACAAGUCCUGAUCCAGUUUUCACUGAACUUUAUUACUAUUUGCAACAAUUGGAAGCUGUUGGCAAAAUUUCCUUGCUUGUCUUCAUAUUUUUUGAGUCUUUAAUGUUCUGUCUUCAGGGUUUUUACCUUCUAAGUAUAGCAUCAUCUGUAAUUUUUCAAGAUGUCAGGCUCACCUUGGGUCCAUGGUCUUCUAAUAUAUUUGACAGGACUUAUAACAGAAAAUAUCAAAUCACAGGCUGAGAACACCUUAAUCUGUGUUGCUGCCUUAUCAGCAGUUUUCUUUACUGCUUGUUUUCAGAAAUGGAGCAAGUACAGCUUUGGUUUUUUAGAUGCUGCAGGUGUGCUUUCAAAUGAAGGACUUAGGAAAACCAUCGCAUAAUUAGUAGUCUCGGUGAAUUUGGGUGAAAAUGAAAUGACGUGAAAUAUCAUUAGGACAUUCCAGGUGACCCUUUAGAAAACAAUUAUGUUUGAUAUUCUUAAUUAAUCUUUGCUAACUGCUUAACAGUGAUGUUGCUAAGAGAGGAAAAGACAGUCCACAUGACAGGCUUUUAGGUUAAGCUGUUAUGAGUUUAGCUCUCAGCUUUUUUUGAUAACUAAACCAUUAUGCACUGCAGCUGAUGUUGUUCAGGGAAGUAGUCCUUAAAAUUACAGCAAUUUGCAAUUAAUAGUCUUUCUCUUUGGAGAACUUUAUCUGAAGAAUCAUAGAGGAAUUUAGGCUCAAUGGAAGGUCUGGAGACUAUCUGAUUCAACCCACAGCUCAAAGCAGGGUCAACCAGCAAAGUUAGGUCCAGUUGCUCAGGCUCAUAUCCAGUAGCAUUUUGAAUAUCUGUAAGGAUGGAAAUUCUACCCUUUCUGGGCCUUUGUGAAGUGUCACGUUUCACUUUGAAAGUUUUCCUAAUGUUACAUUGGAAUUUUCUUUGUUGUAACUUGGGUCCACUGCCCCUCAUCCUUUUGCUGUGUACAUUCAAGAAGAGUCCAGCUUUGUCUUUUCUAUGAUCUAUAUUAGGUAGCUGAAGACAGCAUCGCAACCCUGCCUUAGCCUUCUCUGCUUGAGACUGAAAAAAUAUAGCUUGGUGGCCUUCCAACUAGAUGUUCUCCAGUAUGUUACUGUUUUGUGUUGUGCCCCAAAUUGGACAAUCAUUAUCCAGAGCCAAAUAGAGAAAAACAACAAUUUCACUUGACCUGAUAGGUACACUCUUGCUGAUGUAGCACAGUGUGUAGUUAGUCUCCACUACGAUCCACUGCUGCCUCAUGGUCAACUUGUCAGAAAGUUUCAAAAAGGACCUUAGGUUUUUUCUGUUCUCAGAUGUAAGAUAUGGCUCUAACUGAAGUUCCUGAGAUAGGCGUUGGCCUGCCUUGCCCACCUGUUGAGGUCCCUCUGAAUUGGACAUCCUACCACUGAGUAUAUUGACUACUUACCCCAAUUUGGUAUUGUCCAUAAAUUUGAUACUUUGAUAUGGUGAUUAGGUCAUUAAGUGUGGAUAAGUCAUUAAUAAGGAUAUUAAGGAUGUUGACUGUAGUAUCAAGAGCAACCAGAUGCCACUUGGUCUUAAUACUGAUGAUUGCAACACUUAGAAUCCAAUAGUCUAGCCAGUUUUCCAUCACCCCUAUAAUCCACCUAUCCAAACCACACCUCUCCAAUAUCGCUACAGGGAUACUAUGAGGGACUGCAUCAAAAGCCUGAAAGUAAAGAAAAUCCCCUGCUCUCCCCUUGGCCACACAGCCAGUCAUUUCUCAAUAGAAGGCUAUAAUUCAUGUUGGUCAGGCACAACACUGGUUUGGUAAAUCCAAGAUGACUGUUCCCAGUCACCUUAUCAUUCAUGGGUCUAGACAUGACUUCCAGAAGGAUUUGCUGCAUAGUCUUUCUUGGGUCAGGGGUUAGGCAAACCAGCCUGUAGCUCCCAUAGUUUUCUGGAUCCCCCUCCUUGCCUUUCUUGAAGAUGAGUUGAGAUGUCUGUAUAAUCCCAAUUGUCCCCUUUUGUCCUCGUAGAAAUGCGUAUUAUACAACCUUUGUAACAUUACCACAUUUGGUUAUUCUCCCCCCUUCCCCCUGCUUCCCUUUCUGGAAGAGUCCUUGAGCUAUUCUGCUUUCGUUGCAGACUAGGCACUGUUUAGAUUGAAUCAGUAUUGUGAUAAAUAAGAUUAAAAGAAUCCUGGCUUAUAUAUUGUAUAACUUCCAUGCGGGUAUUGAAUAAGCAGGGAAUUUGGGAACGAGAAGGAAGGAUUUAAUGUAAGUAGUGAAUAAGUAACUGAAGGCUGCUCUUCCUUGUCUUUGCCACAAAAUGUCUGUGGUAGUUGUUCAUUCUUCCCCUUACUAUCGGUGAUAGCUGUCCUUUGAAUAUGUGGGAAACUGUUACAGUACAAAGUUUAGUGAUGGACUUGAAUCUUAGAUGUCUCUGGACAGAGUAGGCACUGCAGUUUUAUCCAUAGUGUUCGUGUGACUUAGUUUGCCAUCUAACUGAGGAUCAUGCAUCUGUGUGAUUUUUCAAGUUAAGAAUGGGGAUGUAACACUGAAGAGGGUGGUGAAGAGCCUUGGGGAAUGGAUAAUUCCAUUAUAAGCUACAUAGCUUAGAGGGUACUCACAGAAUCACAGAAUGGUAGGGGUUGGAAGGGACUCAGUAAAUAAGACCUCAGACUUCAUUGUAGAAUGAUAAAUAAUUCGUAUGAAGCAAACAUCCAUCUAUUUUAAUGAACACACUCUUCUUUGAACAACAGAGCACUGGAUACAUGCAGCUGCUGUCUAGUUCAAGAUGUGAAAAGUAUUGUGCGUGCAGUGGAGCACAGGUUGUCACUGGUGCCUCUGUUUGUUUCAGGAACAAAGAGUUAUGUGUGCAGAAGGAGCAGUUUUCCUUUCAGCUGCCAGGUGAGGAGAGAGGCAGAAAACCCAGCCCCUCAUUUCUAAUAAGGAUGGAACAGUUAUGUCUAUGAAUGACAUCAUCAGGAAAAGCUGUAGUUAUUGAGCAAUGAGUGUUUUAAUGUUUAAUUGCACAACGGUCAGUGUAUUUUUGAUGAAUAAUUUUUAUCCAUUUGAAAAAAUAUUAUAAACAGAUGGAUAUGUGAAUUUAUUAUGAUGGAAAAUGGGCCUUGGUAUCAGGUGAGUAGCCAUAAGAACAACAUCACCUGGCAGCUUUAAGAGAGUUUGAGCAAAGCGUUGAGCCAUUUUUUUUUUAUAAUUUUUUUUUCCUGCUGUGUGCAUGUAACAUUGUAAGUCUUUUGAUUAUAAAACUGAAAGAAAGGGAAAAAAAAAAAAGAGGUUUUUUUACCUCCUUAUUGCAGAGGUUUCAUUAUGAAGGACUCACUUAAAAAAAACAGUAUAAAUUGCCAGGGCAGGCUUUACGUUUUCUCGCCCAUCACAACAUUGCGUUUCUGUGGAAAUUUCUUGGGUUUGACUUACGCAGAAAAGCAGAGGCCAUUGUCACCUUCAUAAGACUUACAACAAUCACUUCCUACAGCAGUUUAAUGGUCAGGAGGAGUAACAUGCUCAUGAAAAAGAUGAUGAUGCAAGUUCUCUCUGCAGUAGAGUUGUAAUCAACAAAGUAAACAUAAUUCUUUUAAUUCUGCUGAGAUUUAUGCAAGUAAAGGUACUGCUAUUAUUAAUAUUUAAUGCUUUGUUAUGCUUAGAUGUACUUCUGGCCUGUUCUGUUGCAGGUCUUGAACAGAGCAGGUAAAACUAGCUGGCACAGCAUUCAGGAGAAUAGUCUUUUAUAUAAGAUUUUCAAGAUGGAAACACUUUUUUUUUUUUUUCCCCUUAAGCAGAAGGUAGUACCUGUACAACAUCAGCACAGCAGGUACUUUUGAUGUUUUUACAGGCAUCAGCUGGAAUACAGUCUUACUCUUCUGCAGAGUUUACACUAUUAUAAUUGCCUAAGAAGGGACUUUUAACAAAUGGGUUGAGUGCAGAAUAAUGACUCAUAGUGAUGUUUAGGUUUGAAAAUGUGAAAGAUAGAUGAGCAUAAGUGAGGAGAGAGACAGGAAUAGGGUGCAAAGGAAAGUUCUGAUACAUCUGUGAUAGAAAGUUGUGGAUUGGUCUAGACAGCACUGAUUUCAAAUGAUAUGAAAGUGAACCAAAAAUUAGUUUAAGUAAAAAAUUUAUUUUGGUCAAAGUUGAAAUUACUGUGUCCUAUUUAACCCAAAUCCGUAUGAAACACGUCAAGACCUUUAUGGUGCGUUCCUUGAAAAACAACUGUUUUCUGAUGUAUGUUUUGGUUAUCCCACUUUGUUUCAUUUUUGUGAGUUUUGUGCUUAUGCACAUGUUUUCAUAAAUGUCCCACCUGACCAAAGCCUACUAAGGUCUGGUUGGUUACUGGAAGGUACAGUCCUUUCCAACUCUAUCAUGCUGGCCAUAGUACUUGCAGUGUCAGUCAAAAUGGAUAGUUAAUCACACUGAAAAUUAAUAUCACCAAAGACGACCCCUUAGGAUUGGUUUUCAGUCUGAUCCUUUUUCUGACAGGGAGGUACUAACAGAAAUAUGUCUGUCAGAUCUAAGGGGAAUUUAGAUCUCUGAAACUCAUUAUAAACUGCCUCAUACAUGGUAACUUUCCCAUGCUGUCUUAAAACAGAUAAAGUCAGAAGCUGUAACGUACGUUUAGGAUGAAGUACCUUUUCUUGUUUUAUACAACUGUUAAUCCUAAGAAGCAGCCCAGAGUUCAACUAAGUCAUUUCAAUAGAAGGAGGAAAGAGUGGGAGACAACUUGCAAGCAAUCUGUUCUAACGAAAACUUGUCAUUGCUGCAGAAGCUGCUUACAAAACUUGCCUCUUUCCCAAGGCGGCCAUUUCACCAUAUCUUUCCAAGGUUAGACCUGAGGUGAGAUGUUCUUACUGGCUCAGCAAAGUCUUAAGCAGAGGCCAGCACUGCCAGCGGUGCUGAACAUACUAAUUGUGUAGUACUUUGUGGUGUAGACCACUGCUUGUCAAAGAUAGAUAACAAAGAUGACUAUAUGCAUCUCAGUUAGACCGUGCUCUCUGAAGUGGAUUUUUCCCCCUCUCUUUAUUGUUUUUUCAGCCUAGCAAUCCAGAGAUGGUGCUUCAUCUUAGAUGUUUUUACUGUCUCUAGAAAAAGUAGAAGAGCGAAGAAAAUGGCUCUUCACUGAAGACAAGGAUCUAAAAUUAUCUUCAGAUAAAUAAAGUAACAGUUGUAUAUUUCUUGUCUUUACAGAUGCUUUGAAAACAAAUGAAAUCCAAUUUGAAAGUUCUCUUGUCUAGCAUCAAGUAAAAGAUCAAGCAAUUUACGGUUUCAUAACACCCGCACAAGAAAUGAGAGAGUCUUACAGAAUGAGUCUUUUGGGUGUAAUUUAUGUAAGGUUCAUGUGAACACACCUAUGUAACAGUAUUUAACAGAACAAUUAGGCAUGGAUGAAGAGAGAAUACUAUCUUCUUUCUAUCUGUGGCAUGAAUAACCAUCACUCUCCAGCCUUCAUUUCUGUUGGUGAAGGCUUUGAAAAAUUGUGAGAUGGCAUGCCCUCAGUAUCAGCCAGUAACAGCUUGCAUUAAACUACUCAGUUCUAAUAUAACAUUCAUUGAUUUCUUUAAGUUUGAAUGCUGAGGAUGGCAAACAGAAGUACGUUUAAAAAUGCCACAGAUAUGAACGUGUUUGUUUAUCUCAUCUCUCUUGUGCUUUCUCAAGCAUCAAGAUCAUCCAUUAUGAGCUUUGGUAGGGAGAUGCUUGCAGUUCUAUCAUUUGGAUGCUGUGGGAACUACAUGCUUCUCAGUUUUCUGCCUUGUCUUUUGGAGUUUGAUCUCUGCUGUAUACUAUGAAGUCUUGGAUUAGCAAAUGGAAAAGUAAGAAGCAUUAGAUAAAUGCACAGUUAUCUUUAAAAUACUUUUUAGUCUGUCAAAUGCUUGAUGAGAAAUUCUGAGUUAGUACACAGAAGUCUGGAAUUGAGCAUUGUCUGCUUCCAGGGAAUGAGUCCACCAAAGUCUGUCUUCAGGAGUAUUUAACUUACUCAAAGUGCUAUGUUCCCCAUGUAAUCUAAGCCUAAUUACCAUAUUCCUCAGACCAUUUGUACAGGUCUGAAGUGAAUAGACUUAAUUUUUUUCCUAUGGACUUCUUUCCCAGCUGGCCAGGUGGGCAACUUAAAAAUACUGGUGUGUUGUUUGCAUUAAAAAUCAGGAGACUGUUUUUGUUGCUUCCUUUUAUCGCUGUUCCAGUUACUUUGGUCAUAUUACUGAUCUGAGCCACCCUGUUAAUGUAUUGCUAUUUGUGUAGUGCAAAUAACAAAGUUAUGUCAAACCUGAAACAUUUUGAAUAGUUUGUCCUCUUUUGAAGGUAGCAAGUCUUUCCUGUGCUUUCACUUUACCUGGAACGUGGCUUCCCUAAUGAAUAAGUAGUUUGAUCUCUAAUGUGAGAAGGCUGACAUCAAAUCAGAAUGAAAUGAAGGACAUACUGUGUAUUUUUAACAAUAACCUAACUUAGUUCUUGACAGCUUUGAUUUGAGCAGGAAAAUGAAUAAAUCAGACAAUAAAUAUGUGCAUUAUUGUGAAACAUGGAAGGUUAGGGAGAUUGUGCGAUGUCUUAAUGCACUGAUCUUUCUUCUCUUAAGACAUAAUUUUUAGGUUCUGGUUAUACACCCAAAUAAAAGCCUGUUUGCUGUU